CUUCCUGUCCCGCCCACCUGGGAAAUGCAAGGGGGGCCCAUGUGAACCUCUUUGUGCUUCCCAGAGAUUUGCGUCUGCGGCGAUGCCGGGCCGGGCUGUUCCUCUCGCCGGGGGAGCCCCGUCUUAAAGGGACUGGAGGAAGAAAAGGCAGCCGUGCACUGAGGAGGAGUGGGGCCUGCUGGAUCUGAACCAGAGGUCAUGCUGGAGAUUCAUGACUUGGUGACCUCUCUGGAUGGACAUGUGAGCUCCAGACCUGACCUCAUCUCCUGGCUGGAAGAAGACAGAAAAGACCUCUUUGCCAAAGGCUCCAUGGAAGAGAUCAGAUCCACAGGUGCCAGAUCUCUGAAGAAGAUCAAGGUGGAGAGCUUUCCGGACGAAGCUCCCGUGAUCAAGGAAGAGUAUGAGGCUCUGCCGGAAAGAUGCCAAGAGAAUAUUUCUUUCCCCAGUGAGGCCGGUGAGGAAGCGCACCUGCUGAGCCACGCCUCCGACCCCGGUUUCCCCGAAGGCAUGUCCCUCUCGAGCAGCGGCCGGAAAGGGCGAGGCGUCUCCUGGAGGCACCAGGAAAUCUUGGACCUCUUGGACAUUUGGGGGGAGCCGAAGAUCCAGGAGCAGCUGCGUGCCAGUCACCGCAACAUCGAGGCCUUUGAGAUCAUCGCCCGCAAGAUGGCCUGCCGCGGCCACCGGCGCAACGCCGUGGAGUGCCGCUCCAAGACCAAGUGCAUGAGGCUGGAGUACCAGCGGGUCGUGAACCACAACUCCAGGACGGGGAAGCACACGGCCACCUGCCCCUACUACGCAAAGCUGCACAGCAUCCUCCACAACGGGGACGCGGCCGUCCGGCCCAAGCGCAUCCCCAGGAACAUUAAGAAAAAGACAAGAGCCUCGGCGCCGCUUGCCAAGGAGGCUGCCGCUCCCGAGCGCACCGUGGAACUUUGUGCCCAGGAUGCGCAAACAGGAAGUGCAGAGGAGUACAUGGUGAAGCAAGUUCUUGUACCUGGAGAUGGCCACAGCGAAGAAAAGGCCAUAGAAGAAAGCAUUGAGACGUGCAUCGUUGGAGAUCGCUCUGAUGCAGCCUCCAGCGGAAUAGGGGUGGAAAUGGAACCCGACCAGGCAGACACAGAGGUGGAGAAGGAACAAGACGCUGCCGCCCCGAACCGCCCGGCUCCUGCCCUGUCCCCCGACACUUGCAUGGCGAUCCUGCGGACCAAGAAGAAGCGAAAAGGCGAGAGCGACAUGAUCGAGCGGCUGAUGAAGCACUCCUCCAUGGAGAACGCCCGGCUCCUGUCCGCCAUGGAGAAAGACAGCAAGGUUUUCUCAGAGUACGUGCAGCUCAUGAAAGAGGAGGACGCGCAGAUCAAGGAGGAGAGGAAAGCCUUUCUGAACUCCAUUGACAAUCUCGGCACCAUCCUGCAGAGCCUGGUCUCUGGCCUGAAUAAAAUCGGGGAGGCCCUGCUCAGGCCUGACCAAAGCCCGGCCGCCGGGUUCGCAGACAGCUUCUCCUCUCUGAACUCGCCCUCAGGCUGCGUGUCGCCGGUGCUUUGCAACGGAGAAAGCACCCCUUCUCAGAGCACCCAUUUCCCCGGCUCGCUGGAGAGGGCAUCUCCGGAAACAUCGAGCCCUGCCAAGGAAUCAGUGUACAUUCCAGACUGCCAAGGGUAGCUGUGCCUAAAAGGCCAGGUGUGGACAACCCUUUUCGAGCCUCCCUUGUGGCUUAACCUUCCCCAGCCCCCAGGGCCUGCAUGCCAGAGGUGGGGGGAGCCGGUGCAAAAGGGGGCAGAGCCGACGCAGAAAAAUAAUAACAGGCUGAUGUCACCUCUCACGCAUAUGCCCCCCAUUGAUACAGAAACACAGGGAAAUUAGAUCUGUCCCCCUAAGCUGGACUGCUUGUGGGUGGAGAUAUCUUGAGCCGCAGUUUUCAGGAUGCAAUCUUUACUCUACUGCAGAGCAAUGAGGCUUGAACUCAUGGCGGAAACGAAGAGUCUUCCCCCGUUCCUCCAGCCUGAGCGUUUUUGUCAGGGUGUGGGUUGCAGAGUAGGGGUGGGAUGUUAAAAAAAACCCUUCCAAAUCUCCCAGUUGCAACCGACCUGCAGCAAUGGAUUCGCCCUGCAUGGAGCCACUGGGAGGCGGGUUAAUGGGGCCGAGGAUCAGACCGCUGGCCCCUCACCUCUGGCACAAACCAGCGGUUUACCCGAGGUAUCCAGUCGCGUUAGACGUUUUGGGGAAGAGAGCUUUGGCAAAAUGUCCUCGGCGUCUCACACGGAAGUUGGCUGAGCCAACGUUUGGCAGCCUGAGAUUGCUUUUUGGCACCGAAACCAAAAUGAAUUCUACCGAAGUGUGGGGAGAUAUAACCUUCCUCCUCAGCCCGAUUGGCACUGGUCGCCUGAGAGGCUUGUGUGGUGUGCGUUUGAGAGGGGGGCAGGUAGCGUUGGUCUGUGGCCCCCGGAAGCCUAGCCAAGGCUGAAUGCGGCCCUGCGGACAGUAACUCUUUGCCGCCCCUGUUCCAAGUGCAUGUUCUUUACUGGGGUUUUUAAUAGCCUAAUGAGCGCAGCUGCAUUCAGAUGAAAUAAGCCAGAGUGAAGGAUUUCUUUUUGAAAAAAUAGAUCUUUCUCUCUAUAUAUAUAUUAUGCAUUUUUCUAACAACUCUAAUUUUAGCGCACACCUGAACCCAUUUAUAUUCUGUGUUUUGUGCAACAAAAGCAUAGGUUCCCUGAUUUAUAAAUAAGAAGCACCUUUCUGUCGCCGCCCCCGGUUGUUUUAAAGAAGAUUUUUUAAUAAAAGAAAUGGUUCAAUAAAAGAAAUUACUCUUUUCGUCCGAACCGUCCUGCUUCUUA